GUUUCUCUUGCUCACUGCUGUUGAGAUUGAGGAGCGAAGCUUACGCAGCUCUGCAUUCAAUUACUGACAAUUCAAAGGCGCACGUCGAGAACACCAUGUAUCCCGAUUUGGAACGACUUGGAGAGGGGAUGUCCAUGCCUUUCUUGUGGUGAAGGAGAAAACACUUUGCUUAAUUUACCCAGGAAUAGACGUAGAGGAAGGCAGCCCUUCUGGAGUGGAGUGCUUUGUUUUGAAACACAGUAGAGGCGACGGUGGGUAUUCUCCAGUUUACAGUUACGAUCAGCCAUCGAAACUUCUGCUUCAAGAAUCUGUUUUCAAUGAGGAUGGCUUCUGAACUGAAAACGUAAUUAACCAUAUAAGGCUGGAGAUAUCACAGUUGACAUGUUACUGUAGGAAAGAAAGUGGUGACCCUGUUGUGCGCAUUCUGGUUUAUCCCAAAGAAAGCAAGUAGCCUAUAUGGUUACGCGCACGUUGUGCUUUGUGAGAAGAGGACUUCAACCAAACGAAAAUGGCCCGGAUUAUUCUUUGUGCUUUGAUACUAGUUUUGGCUGACUUUAAUUAAAACAUAACUGUAGGCCUAUUGAACAUCCGUGGAAUUGACCACACCGUCCAAAUGCUUGAAUGGCUCGUUGCUUUGUGUAUUGGGAUUCUGGUGGCCGUCAUUUGGCCAGCUUCGAAAUAUUUUGGUACCCAGGGCGAGCCAGACGCACUCCUCCAGGGGCUCGGAAUUUCACGGCGGCAGACGAAGGAGAUGGUCUCAGAGAGGUGCGUCUCAGACCGGGGGGUCCCGGUGGACCGUGCUAAUGCCCAGACAUCGGACAGGGCAGGUGAGAAUAAAGUCCCCGAUGUUGCGCUGAUAUGCAAACCCUCGGCGCUGGCCAACUAUCUCUUCAAACACUGCAGGACUUUCAGCAAUUUCACAGCGUGCACUGGAUGGACUUGGCGGGCGAGUGCGUUUCUUCAGACAUUCUACGGCGCGUGCUGGCCGUACGAGAGCCCGGCGUAUUUCGUGCGGGACUACCUGCAGUUGAGCGACGACGGUCUGGUGGCGCUGGACUGGGCAGUGUCGAUGGCCGGUGCGUCGUACCAGAAACGGAGGAGAACCUCGAGUAAUUCCACGAGCCCCAUCCUCCUCAUCAUUCCCAACUCGUUUGGGAAAAUCACUAGAAAUGUGCUGAAGCUCUGUGAGGUGGCGUUGUCCCACGGCUACCUCCCUGUGGUGUUUAACCGGCGCAGCCACAACGCCACCCCCCUCAGCACCGUCAAGCUGCAGCAGUUUGGCGACCCAGGGGACCUACGCGAGGCCGUGCGCUACAUGCGCUACAGGCAGCCCGUGAGCCGGCUGUACGCGGUGAGCGAGAGCACGGGGUCCGGCCUCCUCCUCUCCUACCUGGGAGAGUGUGGUUCAUCCAGCUACGUGACGGCCGCCGCCUGCCUCUCGCCAGUGUUCCGCUGCCAGAGCUGGUUUGAGAAAGGACCCAUCUGGCCCCUACACUGGGCUCUGGUGACUUACCAGAAGAUAUGCCUCAACAGGUACAGGACAGUGCUGGGUGAGACAGUGCACACCGAUGCCCUUUUCUCAAGCUGUUCCAUGCGUGGCCUGGAGGAGGUGCUGUUCUGCCAGCAGCCAGGCCCUAAAGGAGCCCCGGCCCUAGCAGCGGGCACCAGCAGCAGCAGUGGUGGAGCCUGGGAGGCCUACUGGGAACGCAAUGAACCCCUCCGGGAUGUAGACGAAGUCGCCAUCCCUGUUUUGAGUGUCUGUGCUCAGGAUGACCCUAUCAGAGGAGACCCCCAGUCUACCCUACCCCUGGAACUCUUCGAGAGCAACCCCCACUUCUUCCUGCUACUAACCACCAGGGGGGGACACUGUGGCUUUAACACCCAGGAAGGGAGUGCUUUCUCUGGGGGAGGGACCUUUGGAGGGACACCUGGGACUAGCUGGAGCCACCGGGCCCUGCUGGAGUUCUUUAGGGCCACCACAGACUUCAUUGCGGCAGAGGAGAGGGCUAAGCAGGCUGCCAGACGGAGGGGCCUGGGGGGUAGCAGCCAGGGCAAAGUCUUCAGACAUCGUAGUGUCAGUAGCUGUAAGAGGCUGCCCGCAUGCUCACAUAAUAUACACACUAUCUACAACUGGCAGAGGUCUUAUACACGAUGAGCUGGGUUGAUGAUAUUGGAUAUUAUGGAUGAUAAGGGAUUUAUAUUAUGGAUGAUAAGGGAUUGAUAUUAUGGAUGAUAAGGGAUUUAUAUUAUGGAUGAUAAGAUAUUUAUAUUAUGGAUGAUAAGGGAUUGAUAUUAUUGAUGAUAAGGGAUUUAUAUUAUGGAUGAUAAGGAAUUUAUAUUAUGGAUGAUAAGGGAUUUAUAUUAUGGAUGAUAAAGUAUUUAUAUUAUGGAUGAUAAGGGAUUUAUAUUAUGGAUGAUAAGGGAUUUAUAUUAUGGAUGAUAAGGGAUUUAUAUUACGGAUGAUAAGGAAUUUAUAUUAUGGAUGAUAAGGGAUUUAUAUUAUGGAUGAUAAGGGAUUUAUAUUACGGAUGAUAAGGAAUUUAUAUUAUGGAUGAUAAGGGAUUGUAUCUGCAGCACAAGAAAGCUUUGCAUUUAACGGGCUGAAUAUUAAUCUGUGUGCAGCAGUCACCUGGGUAAUUGAUGGAACAUGGUUUCAUUGACACACACACACACACACACACACACACACACACACACACACACACACACACACACACACACACACACACACACACACACACACACACACACACACACACACUCUCUCUCUCUCUCUCUCUCUCUCAGAAUUUAAGGAUGAACACUCAAAAACACACUACGUGUAAACAGAAAAGCCUGUCCAAAAAUUCCCGUCUGGACACUGGACUGCCAGUAUUUCUCUGAUGAGACAAUCAGAUUCAAGGGGAAACUAUGUGUAAUGAUAUGGUGAUGUUCUGCUGAACUGGGUGGAACCGGUUGGGUUUGUGGCUUUUCACACAUGUUGUAAUUCAAACUCUGACUGGGGUUCAUUGAAUGUAGCUGCAAUCUGCAACUUUGAAUUGGCGCUGUUAGUGACAUGAUGAUUUUCCUGUAGUUUUCUAAACAAUGUUAAACUUGUGUUAAAUGUGUUAAAUGAUCUGAAUCAUUGGGAAGGAACGAUGUAAUAAAAGAAAAAGAGGAGGGAACGUA